CUUGAGUGUCCUGAGAGGUCAGAUUGUUGUCAGAAAAAGUUCAUGUGAUCCAUAUGUAUUAACCACAGUAAUACUGCAUUUUUAAAGAAUCAUCUGAAGAAAGCACGUAACAAAACAACAUGGCCCAUGGACAUGGACAUGAACAUGGUCAUAGUAAAAUGGAACUUCCAGAUUAUAAACAAUGGACUAUAGAAGGGACACCAUUAGAAACUGUCCAGGAGAAGCUGGCUGCACGAGGGCUAAGGGAUCCAUGGGGCCGCAAUGAAGCUUGGAGAUACAUGGGUGGCUUUGCAAAUAAUGUUUCCUUUGUUGGUGCAUUAUUAAAAGGAUUCAAAUGGGAAAAAAAAAAAAAAAAAAGAUCUACCUCUUUCUUAUUAAUAGCUUUCUGCUAUCCAUUACAUGAUUCUGCCAAAAUGUAUUUAACUAUUCCUUUUUUAACAGACAUUACGGUUCUACUUUUCUACCAUUAA